GCUUUCCUUUUUAAUUUUUUUUCCAUGUGUUCACUUCCGGGUCCGGCGUCGAUCCGGAUGCCCGAGGCAGAAGGAUGUUUGACCUCCGGAUAAGCGAGGCGCUGCUGUGCAUUCAUUCCGGGCUGCAUCGGUGGCGACAGCAGAGGCUCGGGCGGCGACCCUCCGGCCAACGGCGGCGGUAGGAGGCACCAGCGGCAGUGCAGGGACCGAAUCCGAGCAGCGCUGCGUUACCUCUCUCUCUCGCUCCUUCCCCCCUACCUCGCUCGCUCGCUCGCUCGCUCCCUGCGUGGCUCGCUUUCCUCCUCCGGCCGCCGGCGGGUGUGAUGUGCCGCCGCCGCUGCCCCCGCCGGCGCUGACGGACUGGGGGCGCCGCCCGCGCCCGGGACCGACCCCGCUGCUCGCGGCCGCGCCUUUGAGGACUGGAAUUAGUGGAAUCAAGGAAUAGUUUAAUUCAACCAGGACCACCUUUACUCUGUGGCAAGGAUGGAACAGUGGGUAGAAUAUGAAGAUGAAUGAGACUCAGUACUGCCUUCAAGGGAGAAGCAGACGUACACAGAGCUCUCUAUCAAUAUCAGCUCACAUCAUUGAAAAGAUAAUUUUGAAGACAUGUUUUGCUGAAAAGACACUAAGAAAAAUUUUACGAAUGGGAUGAACAUGCUCCAGUUAAUUGACUACCUACUGCAAUUUGAAUGUUAACAUUACCCAUCUGGUACAGUUACCUAGUGAUGUACCUAUUUUCACAAUACCCUGUUUCAGUGUGCUUGUCUUGAUUAAAGAAUUCAAAGUGGAGUACCGCAAACUUGAUAUGGAAAAUAAAAAGAAAGACAAGGACAAAUCAGAUGAUAGAAUGGCACGACCUAGUGGUCGAUCGGGACACAACACUCGAGGAACUGGGUCUUCAUCGUCUGGAGUUUUAAUGGUUGGACCUAACUUUAGAGUUGGAAAAAAAAUUGGAUGUGGCAAUUUUGGAGAAUUACGAUUAGGGAAAAAUUUAUACACAAAUGAAUAUGUGGCAAUUAAGUUGGAGCCCAUGAAAUCAAGAGCACCACAGCUACAUUUGGAAUACAGAUUCUAUAAGCAGUUAGGAUCUGGAGAUGGUAUACCUCAAGUUUACUAUUUCGGCCCUUGUGGUAAAUACAAUGCUAUGGUGCUGGAACUGCUGGGACCUAGUUUGGAAGACUUGUUUGACUUGUGUGACAGAACAUUUUCUCUUAAAACAGUUCUCAUGAUAGCUAUACAACUGAUUUCUCGCAUGGAAUAUGUCCAUUCAAAGAACUUGAUAUACAGAGAUGUAAAACCUGAGAACUUCUUAAUAGGACGACCAGGAAACAAAACCCAGCAAGUUAUUCACAUUAUAGAUUUUGGUUUGGCAAAGGAAUAUAUUGAUCCGGAGACAAAGAAACACAUACCAUACAGAGAACACAAGAGCCUUACAGGAACAGCUAGAUAUAUGAGCAUAAACACACAUUUAGGAAAAGAACAAAGUAGAAGAGACGAUUUAGAAGCUUUAGGUCAUAUGUUCAUGUAUUUUCUGAGAGGCAGUCUUCCUUGGCAAGGCUUAAAGGCUGACACAUUAAAGGAGAGGUAUCAGAAAAUUGGAGAUACAAAACGGGCUACACCAAUAGAAGUGUUAUGUGAAAAUUUUCCAGAAAUGGCAACAUAUCUUCGUUAUGUAAGAAGGCUAGAUUUUUUUGAAAAACCAGACUAUGACUACUUAAGAAAGCUUUUUACUGACUUGUUUGAUCGAAAAGGAUAUAUGUUUGAUUAUGAAUAUGACUGGAUUGGUAAACAGUUGCCUACUCCAGUGGGUGCAGUUCAGCAAGAUCCUGCUCUGUCAUCAAACAGAGAAGCACAUCAACACAGAGAUAAGAUGCAACAAUCCAAAAACCAGGUUGUAAGUUCUACAAAUGGAGAGUUAAACACAGAUGAUCCCACCGCAGGACGUUCAAAUGCACCCAUCACAGCCCCUACUGAAGUAGAAGUGAUGGAUGAAACCAAGUGCUGCUGUUUUUUCAAACGAAGGAAAAGGAAAACCAUACAGCGCCACAAAUGACUCUGGACACAGACAGAUCCUGGGGAGUUACUUACAUGUUCAUCUGCUGUCUUGUGAUUAAAAUCAUCUCUGUAGUGACCACAUAUAUUUUCAAGGACUCACUCUUAGAAACAAAAAUGUCACACUUUCAUACUUCAUUUUGUGGUUGUCUUACAUUCUUUUUCUUUUUUUUUUUCUCUAAUUUAACUUUUAUGGAAGCUUUAAAGUUUUGUCAAAACAUGAGUGCUUUGCCCAUCAGUGAAUGGAAUGGACCAAUGAGUUGGUAUUGAUGAAUAUAGUUCCAUAGAACAUUUUCCAGAAGUUCUUCUGUUGUAGAAAGCAGUACAUUAUCUUAAGUGUCAACCAGUUAUAUACCUAAUCUGGUUUUUUAUAACUUCUGUAAGAGCAUAAUCAAACAGGAAUUUUCUUUUCUCAGUGGAUAAUACAACAGAGAAAACAGAGUUGCCCAAAUAUUUAAAAGAAGUUAUUCCUUGAGAAGUUCAUAUUUUGUGACAUCUGCAUUGAUUUCAGUAUUACUGAUGGUACUGUUAUUCAUAAGUCAUAUUAACAUUCUCUCCGUGAAAUCAUGGUACAGUCACUGCCCAGAGGUACUGAGGAAAAAGCAAUAUGGGUUCGGCAGAUGGUGGUGGUAAAAUGAAUCUUAAGGAGUGUGGUAAAUAUGUGCUCCGCUUUUGUUGCAUCACUAUGUGAAGUACUGUGUUGCAGAAGUGGCAAAAGCGCUUAUUUUUAAAAAUGCAAAAUAUUUGUACAAUGUAACUUUAUGCUUCCAAAUAAUAAUGUAUGUUAGACAGCAAGAAAUGAAUACUUUAAAAAGUGAUAUAUAUUGGAGUUAUAAAGAAAUACACUAAGGAGAGGUAGUAAAUGUGAACCUUGUUGCAAUGUAUAAGGUGGAAGCCUAAAGAAAUCUCACCGAAACUUACUGCUGAAUGAUUACAUUCUCCCUUAAGCAGAAAACUUUGGAUGUGCCAUGCAAUGGUGUCUGUGUAAUUAUUUUGCUCUUUGAUAAAAAAAAGACCCCCAGCAAUAAAAAGUGGGUCACUCUAUGCCCUCUGUGCACAUUAGUCUCUUGUAUUCAACUUUGCUGAUUCUCUGGAAUUUUCCUACUCUUUACCAUAAUUUUGAUGAUUGAAAAAUAUUUUGGAAAGGAUGGGUCAGGUGCUUUGCCUCCAUAGUCUUUUGAAGUGCCUGCAUAUGAACAACAACAACAACAACAAAUUUCUGUAAAAAAGGAAGCCCAUUCCACUUUUCAAGUAUGCUUUGUUUUAAGCCAUAAAGACACACAUGUAGUUUUGUCACAUUCUACUAGCCAGAAUUUUCAAGAAGGGUUAAAACAAAGACUGGCUAGAAAGAUAAUUAUUUUGAACAAAUCUCAUAUUCAUCUUUCAUUUAUAAAAUUGUUACUUAUUCCUCCCAUGCAGUCUCUUCGUUGUCUUUAAGUGUGUGCCUCCAGGCAUGCUUAUUUAUUUUUAUUGUCUCAAGGUAACAUUUAAGAUGUAUAUUAAAGUAAAGCUACAUUUUUUUACUUCAUUAUUGCAUUUACAGGGAUUUAAUUGUACUUUGUAAUUUAUUUUUCUUAUUAGCCAAAAGUUUAAUGCAUUUUUUUUUAUGAAUUAGGCACCCACAUGAACACCACAAAUCAGGACAUUGUUUAUCAUUGUUGCUAUGAAUCCUAUGAAUGAUCUUUUUUUUAUUUUAAAGACCUACACUUAACCUACAAAACAUUUGCUGUAUAAUUUGGUCAACAGUUUCUAUCUAUCUGUAUACUGUCAUGAUGUCUUAAACUGCAGGAGUUACAUACUGAGUUUAUAUUUUUAUUUGCUUUGAGCAAGGUAGAUAAACGUUUUGGCCAUUAUAAUGUGAAACCACUUCUUCUUUCUUUACAGUAUUUGACCAAACUUGUGUGUCUAUGAUAUUUGUAAAUACAUGCGAAUAUCUGUAUUUCUUAUCAUAAGCCUAUUUAGUUUUAUUCUCAGUAGGGUUUUUUGGAUUGUACAGUGUUUAUAUGAUCUGAACUCCUUAUACAUAAGAAGGUGUGUAUAUUAAUCCAAUUAUGGACUUAAAAUAUUUUAAAAGUAUAAAUACCCUUAUUUGCUGCAAAGACCAGUGUGUAGGCAUUUGCUUUUUAGCAAUAUUUUUAAGUGCUCCAUUUUAAUGCCGAGGAAUAAGUCUUUUGGCAACACAAACUGGUCAAUAAUAGGUAAUGCAGGUAUGUUCAGGUUAAGCCAACAAUGUUUUGCAUUUUUAUGCUUAUUUUCUGUCAACACUAAUGAAGUCAACAUUGCCUGAAUGUCUGAAUAAUGAAACACAUCCCUGUUUAAAAGUAUGUAACUGAAAAAGAAAUAAAAAAAAAUAAAAGUAGUUUUUUUAAA